GAGGGUCCAAUCACUCGGGAGACUUAGAUAUUGUUUAACCCUCCAAGCACCGUCGUCGUUUGCUUGUCUGUAAUUAUUUGAAAUACAAGUGGGUUAUAUGUUCUUGGUUUAUUGAGGUGGCUUAUCUAUGACUGGUGGGAUUUAAACGCAACAACAAGAACAAGGAAGAUUCAGCACAGAUUCGUCACAUUUAAUCAGCAAGUCUUCUCAUCAACUCUACAAAUUUCGUCUAUAAAGUCUUACACUUUAAGAUUUAAAAGCCGUUACUGAGAUCUACGUCAUCGCUCAGACAUACGUCACCACAGAGUCCUGUUCUACGUCUGCUGAGACCAUCACACGUCAAACAUGGCCUGCGCAACAAUUGGAAAAUGUAUUCUCAUUUUGCUGAACGUUGUGUUUCUGAUCAUAAGUUUAGGUUUGGUCGCUAUUGGAGCUAUUUUGGCGUUUAUCCCUGGCACUGUCUUGAAGUAUAUGUUGGACGCUGCAACUAAAGCUGCAAGCACGGCUGGCUACACUAUGCCCAAGGAUGUCAACGAUCUCAAAGACCUGCCCAUGGUGUACGAGGUCGGCGUGGCUCUGUUUAUCCUGGGGCUUGUUCUGUUUGCCAUUAGCUUCAUGGGAUGUUGUGGCUCGUGCAGUUCCUGCUGCAAGUGUCUGCUGCUGGGCUUUGCCCUUGUUAUGAUUUGCCUGAUGAUUGCCGAGCUUGUUGUCGUCACAAUGUUCUACGUGCCUAGCUCUCCGAUCCAUUCAACCAUCCGGACAACCCUGAAGGAUAAAAUCAAAACCGACUAUAAUGAAAAUGGAACUGACCCAUUUAGCCAGUCCAUAAACCUUGUCAACCAUUAUUUUGAAUGUUGUGGUAUUGAUGGUGAAAGUGAUUUCAUACCCAAGUCUCAUCGUUCAUGUGACAGCACAAAUAAAAAUGGCUGUUACACCAAGCUGACAAACCUUAUACAGGACAACAUCAUCUGGGCUGGUCUGGCACUUGGAGGUGUAUUGGCACUACAGCUGAUAGAAGUUAUAUUUGCUGUGGUCAUUUUCAAGGACAACAAGAUUUCUCCCAUUUAACUUGACCGAAUCAGGAGAAGACAACUUGUUACAGGUUGAGUCAGAUUGUGAUAACUGUACAAACAUUCAAAGUUUACUGUUGGUAUACACACCCAAUCAAGUUUUACAGCCCUAAGUUUUAAGAAUUGUUUCUGUUACUUAUUCAUUGAUAGGUAAAAUAUAUGUUUAUUGUAAAGAAUUUUUGAAAAUUAUAAAAUGACUGUAAAGCAAAUCAUUUACAAAAAAAAAAAAAAAACUAAAUUGGGAAAAAAAAAACCACCUGGUAGUUUUAUAUUUUAGAUAUAAAUACACAGCUGCAACAACUAUGUUCAGAAUUGUUAUAUCAGUAUUUGUUUUAGUUUAAAAGCUUGUGCUAGAGUUUUAGUACUUAUAAUACCCACUUCUUCUGCCAGUCCCAUGCAGUAUUAAAAUUUGUUUUUACUAAAAUAAUCAAUUUCUGUAGGUUACUGAUUUGAAACUGCUAUUUAAAAAAUAAAUAAAUUUCAUUCAUUAUUGUACAUUAUUCUUCUGGAGUAUUUUAAUGUUUUUAAAAUGCAUUACCUGCUAUUUGAAGGUAUGCGUGUUGGGUUAAAGAUUUUUACUUUAUUUUAUUCUACUAAUAUAUCUUUAAGAAUCUCUUGUAUGGCUUUUAGGUUGCUUUUUAAAAAAAAUCAAUUUAAUUUUUAAAUUUUUCAUAGCCGGCAGUUUAUAAAAGCUUGUGAAAAAUAUUUCUUACAAUGGAAAAUUAAAUUUACAUUUUUGGAGUGAAUUAGUUUCCUUUAUCUAUUGAAGAGAUAGUAUCCUGUAAAAAAUAGCAAACUUAAAUUAAAAAAAAAAGAAUUGUAAUGGAUUUUAUUAUUUAAUUUUGUGUGUGCUGAAAUAGGCUUUUAUUCCAAGCACCAAUACUGUAUAUAAAUAGAACUGAUGCACUAAAAAGCAUGCCGUCCAGUCAGUACAAUUUUACAACUAUUAUUAGAAAAAAAAAGUUCUGUUGAUAAAUAAAGCAUUUGAUCAGUUCCUGUGAUAAAUCUGUAAGCAUAAAAUUAUUAAAAUAAAUUAUUUCCUGUAUAUUCUUUGUUCCUUUUAAGCUUCAAGUCAUAAUAUGUAAUAAUAAUGAUAUGUAGUUAUGUUAAACAAAUAUCUUUACUUUAUGGACAUAUAUGGAUCAAAAAUUAUUGCAGAGUUACAAGGUUUUGCCAAUCUUGAGUAAACUUAAUAACUUUUAUAAAUGUGAUUUUCUCUAAAAGAAUUAUAUUUUAUGUUAUAAUUGCAGCUGAAAUUAGAGCUGAUCUCUUUUAUUAUUACUUAUUAUUGAAACAUUUACUUAAAGUUUAAACAAAUUAUUUGUUGGCAGUUGGUUAAUAGAAUAAUACAGCAGCUGUUAGUUUUAUUUAAACCUUUUUACAACCAGUGUUUCUUUCAGACAUUUUUCUGUGGGGGGGGGGACACUGAUAAAAGUAUAUAUUUUAUAUUUAAAUUCCAUUUUGUUCAGGGGAACUCUGUUUAGAAUUAUUUUGAGAACAAUUUAAACCAUUCCACUGUUUCUCAUUUUUUAACCUUCUAUAAUCUGUUUUGUAAAUUUUGAAUGAUGAAUUUCAUUGAUAAUGUUUGCCAAUGUUUUAAAGCUUAAAAGCUUUGUAAUUUUUUAAAAUUUAAAAACAGAAAACAAUAGUACAUAACUUUUACAAAUCUAUUAAUUGCUUAAGAAUAUUUAUCAAGUUUUUGUCUUUCUGUUUUUUUUUUCCAUUUUGAAUGAAUACUUUUGACUUAUUGAAAAUUAAUAAUAAUAGCUUUAAUGAGUGUAAUUUUAAAAUACUAAUUACUUCUCAAGAUAUAAACAGUUUUACCAUUUGAAUUUACUGUGGGAUUAGUCCCUAAACCUGAUUUGAACUGUGCCUUUUACCUACUGCUUAAUAUAAAAAAAUCCUCUACAAAUAUUUUAAUACGCCUUCAAAGUAAUAAUUGCAUAAACACGUUUCAUUUUUAUUUCUUAAAAGCAGCUAUAAACUAAUUGUUUUAGUUUUAUUAAUCUUUUGUGCCUCUAUAUUUAGCUGGUGUUAUUUAAUAUUAGAUCCCCUAGGCCUGUAUAUUUAGUAUAAGUAGUAGGCAAAAAUAGCAAUAAAUAAAGGCUUUGCAUUCCGUCCAAUCAAAUGAUUUUAAUAAGCACUUUUCCUGGUAAUGAUUAGUUUUAAUUACUUAAUGUUUUUGAGUUUUAUUUAUUUGAAAUUCAAGUCAUUUUCUUGUAAUUUUGUGAUAUUGAAAUAUUCUAGUAAACUAAAUGUGCUUUAAACUAAUUAAACAUGUCUUUAUACU